AUGGCUGACGCACAAACCGUGCAUGCCAAGAAAGGGAAAAAAAAAAAAAAAAAAAAAAAGAACUGUCGUGACUCAAUAACAGAUAACCUUCUAGUUGAAAUUGCAAAGGAAUAUAAUUUAAGCCCUAAUGAUGGCGUGUUCACAAGAUUUCAUAUUGAAUACAAAACACUUGAGGUGCUGGGAAAAAUACAAAACAAGGAAACUUUAAACGUAAUUUCGCGUAUUAUUAUGAAAAAAAUUAACGAUCUUUUUAAAAAUAAACAGAGAUAUCAUAGAAAUUCAACUUUACAUAGAAUAUUGCACACGGGUUUACAACAUUUACUUUUUAUUCUUAGGAAUAAUAAGGAUAUAGAUAUCUUCCAAUGGUGUGUUGAAUUCCUGGGACGAAUACCUCAUCAAGCUUCAACACGUUUGUACUUAGAGUGGUGUAUAGCUCUUGGUAUUUUUUAUAAGGAAAUCCACGUAGCGAACACUAUAGAACUUUUACAAACAAAUUCAGUACCCAUAACAUCACAAUUUAUGAUACUGUACUGGUAUAUAAAGACAUCAAAAAGCAAUGAAGAACUUAAAUUAGUGCUUGAUUAUCUAUUAGAAAAUACUAUGGGACCAACAUACAGUAUACGUUUGCACGCCCAAUACCUUUUAUCGAAAAUAGAUCUUAAAUCAUUCAAAAUCGCUGGCUACGAACAAGCUAUAAAUGUAGUAAACAAAACGUUGGCUGAAGCUUCGAAAUUAAAGGAAAAGAGUCUGGAAAGACUAACGCACGAUUACUUUGUUCACAAAUUCGAUAUAAUUAAAGAUUUGACACCUUGUGCAAUCUACUACUGCGCUCAUAAUGAAAGAGUGAACGAAAAGAUUGAUGAAAAUUACGCAGCGCCAAUUUUGGGUGUGAGUGAACUAAAAAAGUUUAAUACAAUCACGACGGAGUUGAAGGAAGUAGAAAUGAAUGCAACGAGUGUAAUACAAAAGAAAUAUAUACCGUGGAAGAAUAUGUGUGAUGUUGGUGUUGAUGUGGAUACGCCGAUAAAUAAAACCGAGUUGAUAGUAGUUGCAUCAUUGAUUGACAAGUUGCCAAAUUUGGGCGGUAUGGCGCGUACGAGCGAAAUCUUCGCCGUGAACACGUACGUCAUUGAUAGCCUGAGACAUUUACAGGACAAACCGUUUCAGGGACUCAGUGUGUCAGCUGAGAGAUGGGUCAACGUGAUAGAAGUGCGACCUGGUCAACCUCUAAAAGAUUAUCUGGCGUUGAAAAAGACCGAAGGAUACACCAUAGUCGCCGCAGAACAAACAUCAAAUAGCACAAGUCUACAGGGAUUCAAGUUUCCCAAGAAAACCCUACUUUUAUUAGGCAACGAAAAGUCCGGUAUACCGUGUGACUUAUUACCUCAUAUGGAUGUGUGUGUAGAAGUACCUCAGCGAGGCGUACUUCGGUCACUCAAUGUCCAUGUCACAGCUGCGAUAUUUAUUUGGGAAUAUACAAGGCAGCACAUGUAAUGAAAACGAACUGGAUUUUGUUCUUAUUAUAGUUAUUUCAAGCAUUUUUUUAUAUUAAUUAAUUAAAUUUAUUAAAAAAAUUCUGUUUU